CUGGUUCCGCCCCGCGAGCGGCCAUCUUGGAGGUUGAGGCGGCGGCGGUCCUGCGACGGGUUCGGUGGGCCCAGUCGCGGCGCGGUGUGGCUGUUUCGGGCGCGGGCCCCGCUUUUCCGCACCCUGCUCCGGCCUCGACCACGGCGAGCCUGAGCGCGGCGGCGGCCCACGCGCAGCGACAGGGAGAGGUGAGCGCGCUCGCAGGCCUGCGCCGGGUCCUCGGGCCCGCUCGACCGCCCCGCCGGAGCCGGCCACAGCGGCGGCCCGAGGCUGCGGGGGACCCUGCGCGACGCUUCUCCGUUCGCGCCCGCCGCCCGCGGGGCCCUGGCCCGAGCCUGCGCGGAACCCGAGAUGAGCAGCACCAGCAAUAAGAGGGCUCCAACCACAGCAACCCAGAGGCUGAAGCAGGACUACCUUCGCAUUAAGAAAGACCCAGUGCCCUACAUCUGUGCCGAGCCCCUCCCUUCGAAUAUUCUUGAGUGGCACUAUGUCGUCCGAGGCCCAGAGAUGACCCCUUACGAAGGUGGCUAUUAUCAUGGAAAACUAAUCUUUCCCAGAGAAUUUCCUUUCAAACCUCCUAGUAUUUAUAUGAUAACUCCCAAUGGAAGAUUUAAGUGCAACACCAGGCUGUGUCUUUCUAUCACGGAUUUCCACCCGGACACGUGGAACCCAGCCUGGUCUGUCUCCACCAUCCUCACCGGGCUCCUGAGCUUCAUGGUGGAGAAGGGCCCCACCCUGGGCAGUAUAGAGACGUCGGACUUCACGAAAAGACAACUGGCAGCGCAGAGUUUAGCGUUUAAUUUGAAAGAUAAAGUCUUUUGUGAAUUAUUUCCUGAAGUUGUGGAGGAAAUUAAACAGAAACAGAAAGCACAAGACGAACUCAGUAGCAAACCCCAGACUCUUCCCUUGCCAGACGUGGUUCCAGACGGGGAGACGCACCUCGUACAGAAUGGGAUUCAGCUUCUCAACGGCCAUGCGCCGGGGGCCGUCCCGAACCUCGCGGGGCUCCAGCAGGCCAACCGGCACCACGGACUCCUGGGCGGCGCCCUGGCGAACUUGUUUGUUAUAGUUGGGUUUGCAGCCUUUGCCUACACGGUCAAGUACGUGCUGAGGAGCAUCGCGCAGGAGUGAGGCCCGGGUGCCGAGACCAGGGCGCCACCGAGGGCACCGCGCGCCAGAGCGUGACCUGGGCAGGCUGGACACACUGCCCGGCACCGGCGGACCCUCCAGCCUCCUGGGUUGAGCGUUUAAAAGCCUGAAAGGGGAAGCGAAAACCAAAAUGUGUGACUGGGCUUUGGAGGAGACCCGAGCCUCAGGCCUGCCCCGGCCUCGCGCCGCUGGGGCUGGCGGGGAUGGGCCGCUCGUGCGCUGGAUUUGUAGCUUCUCUUCCGUGUUGUCUUUGGACCUGUUUUAGUAAAAACCCGUUUUUCAUUCUAUUAGACGUGGUCGCUUAGAAACAGACUCGCUGCCGGCCGCGGCUGCGCGUGCGCUCUUGGGGCUCCGGGGGCGGCGGGCCGGGGGGAGCUGGCGUGGCCUGGCCGUGUGGUGACGGGGCUUGGCGGGGCCAGCGGCAGCCGUGGCUCAGCAUCCAGGGAGAUGGGCUUUGGUCUCGGCAGUCAGGGGAAACGCGCUCCUUCCAGAAAGUGCGCGGGGCCUUCGGCGGUCGUGGAGCCAGGACCUGCCCGCUCCGACCACAAGGUGUCGCCCUUGACCGCGGGGGGCGGGGCGGGGCCUCCUGGGCGCCCCUGGGGCUGCGGGCGCGGGGGCCUCGGGUUCAGAGCCCGUCCUGUGCUGGCGGAAGGCGGAGGACCGGAGUCCCGGCGGGAGGCCCCCACGACCGGCAGGCUGGCCCCGUGCGCUCGGGGCCUCGCUUACAUCCCAUCCCGCGCCGCCUGCGCCGGUCUUCACCGUAGGUAACGGCUCCGGCCCGGGGUUCGCGCUCCACGGAACAUGGCAGAGGGGGACCCGGCCCGGGAACGACGCCUGAGCCGGCAGGGGCUCCCCGGGUCCGGCCGUCUCCCCUCUUCUCCGUCGGUUCCGUGACUUCGCCCGGGUGGGAUGUGCCGCAGGUGCAUCGCGUGGAGGUGGGUCGCGGCCGCCGGCAAGAAACCCACCCUGUCCAGAGGCGGGCGGCAGACAAGCCCACCCCGCGCGCGCUCCUCUUUCUUUGUUUUUUCAUCAGUUUAUUCAGAAUUGCUCUACAAUUUACCAAUUGUAUGUAUUUAACCUGUUGUGGAAAACAAAAAGUCUUUCAUUAUAUCUUUAUUUCUGAA